AUGCUAAGCAGUGGGGAAAAAAUCUUAAUGGCUCUGGCAACUGGGGAAUUUCUAUUGGGCAUUUUGGUAAAUGGAUUCAUAGUUCUGGUGAAUUGUAUUGAAUGGGUUAAGAGCAAGAAACUGCCACUAAGUGAACUCAUCCUCCUCAGCCUGGCCAUCUCCAGAAUUGGACUGUUGUGUACAUUAGUAUGGAAUAGCUAUUUAAUUGUAAUCUCUAUUGAUGCACCUACACAACUUAGAAUAAUUGAUAUCUUCUUGUCAGUGACUCACAUUUCAGAUAUCUGGUUUGCCACUGUCCUCAGCAUCUUCUACUUCCUGAAGAUCACCAACUUCUCUAAUCCCCUCUUCCUCUGGAUGAAAUGGAGAAUUGACAGGAUGGUCUUCAGGCUUCUUUGGGGGCCUUUGAUUAUCUAUUUUUCCAUUUGCUUUCUAAUGAUGGAGAGAAGGUAUUAUUACUAUGGAAGCCUCUUUAGUAGUGGAAAGGAGAGAAAUGUGUCCCAGGAGGUCCAAGUGAGUAAAAGUAUGUUAUUCAUGUUUCAGGCUCUCUUUGGCCUUCUGAGUCUUAUCCCUUUCACUCUGUCUACAAUCUCCUUCUCCCUAUUCAUUGUCUCCCUGUGGAGGCAUACCCAACAAAUGCAACUCAAUGGCACAGGUUCCAGAGACUCAAAUACAGAAGCUCAUGUUCGAGCCAUGAAAGCUGUGUCUUCCUUCCUUAUCCUCUUUUUAUUGUACUAUAUUGGUCUCUUCAUCAGCUACUUGAACAGCCCAAUUGAAAAAAAUAAACUGCUUUUAGAAUUAGGCAUGCCAAUCAUGUUGCUCUAUCCCUUUGGCCACUCACUGGUCCUGAUUCUGUGGAACAGCAAACUGAGAAAAGCUGCCCUGAGGAUGUCAUGGCUGAUAAGGUGCUGCCUGAGAGGAAGUCAUCUACAAGACCUUUGGGUAUCUGUGAGGAUCAUCUGGCAUUUUAUGAUGGAAAGAAGUUAG